AUGCCCACCCUCCAGCACUCACUCCCCCUCAUUUCCGUCAAGAUACCGAAGGUGCGGACGCAUACGAGUCACCAUAAGCGUGUCGCACGGAGUGAUGGGACCGCUUGGGUCAGGUGGCGAAGCGUCGAGGCGACCUAUAGGGGCUGGAAAGAGCAAGUAGGAGCGCAAGAGAGUCGUAUGGUAUAUGGUAUAGCGGAGGAAAGUGCUGAGCAAUCCUGUGGGUAG